GUGCCUUUAGGUAAAGUAAACAAUCAGCGUACGACCCUAUUGAAAAUCGAUCGUUGUAACUGAUCGGCAUUCAUGUGUCAAAUAAGAACUGCAAUGCUCACCAUGAGAGGAUAUUCAGCAUUUUGUGCAAUUUUGUUCGUGAUUAUUGUAACCUUUGACGGUAGCCAUGGUUACCAGUGUUGCACAAGUUACACGGAUCCGUCCUGGGAGUUCCACUCCUCUCAGCUCUGCGAGCACUACUGCUGCUGGAACCUUGGCAUCGACGUUUCCCACUUAAAGGUCUGCUGCGACGAGCAAUGGCGGCAGGUUCCCUCCACGGAUCGAGACCAGGACUCGUGCACGACCGACUGGAUCAGUGACCACAUUUGGGUUCCGAUUGUUAUGAUUGCAAUAGUAAUCACGCUCGGUGUGCUGUUGACCUGGUGUUGCUGCAGGCGGUGUCGCCGUAAUCAGGGAGUGAUAAUCCAGUACGGAUUACCACAGAGCACCAUAAUAGUGGCUCAGCAACAGAACACGAAUGUUAUGCACGCGGGGUACGACCAGCGAUGAAGACCGGGUCAAACGGAGAUGAACGAAAAGUGUGGAACAUUUCUUAAUUCUUUUAACAUCCCUGUGAAUAUCGUUGCUUUAGACUUCUUAUGUGUUUCAUUUUUGUUAUUUCUAAUGAUAUGUUGUUUUCAUUACCAUCUCACAAUAUUUUAAAUGCGAUGAAUACAGUUGGGAUAUUUUA